UUUAUUUCCAAGCUCUGCCGUCAGAGCAGUAUUAUAUCGGUUAUUAUUAAGAGCCACAAAGCGCUCAGAAUAAAGAAAUCCUCAGCGUUAGGACAAAGCCAGGCGGUUCUAAGCAUCCUCGGACCGAACCGGUCGGGAGGGUGGUUUCCACCCGGACACUUUGUGCUGUGCACGACAAGAUGGCGGCUGCCGGGGGGUGAAGGCAGAGCCGCCAUGUUCUGCAAGGCCUUCCGCGUCAAGGCCAGCACCGCCAUCAAGGGAUCCGAUCGGAGGAAGCUGAGAGCUGAUGUGGCUGCUGCUUUUCCGAGCCUUAAUGCUGAGCAGUUGGCGGAGUUGAUUCCAAACAAGGAAGAGCUGAAUGUCAUCAAGAUAUACACUCACAAAGGGGAGGCCGUCACUGUGUACGCCAAUGGCAGGAACCCGAUCCUGUUUGAGAUUGAAAAAGCUCUGUAUCCCACAGUGUACACUCUGUGGGUCUACCCAGAUCUUCUCCCUGCUUUUUCAACAUGGCCCCCCGUGCUACAGAAGCUAGCAGGAGGAGCAGAUCUGAUGCUGCCAGGGGUUGUAGUGCCACCUUCUGGCUUUCCACAAGUAGAGCGGGGCACGCUCUGCGCUGUCACCCUCCUGGGAAACAGGGCUCCUGUAGCAGUUGCAGCUGCUGCUAUGUCUACCACAGAGAUGCUGGCUGCUGGAAUGAAAGGGAAGGGCUUUGCUGUGUUGCAUACUUACAUGGAUCAUCUCUGGGAAUAUGGUGACAAAUCUUGUCCUCCUACCUUAGCUCCCUUGGUAGCAGAUCCUGCUGAAAAUGAGGAAGAAGCAGAGGGGAAAAAGCCUGGCAACAGUUUCUCCAAUGACACACCACAACACGUGGACAUUGGUGAUUUGAGCCUGAAGGAGCAAAACAGUUCUGCAAUAGUGAUGGGAAAGGAAGAACUUAAUGAAAACAGAGCUGCAGAAACAGCUGAAGAUGACAGCACAGGGGCUCAGCAGGAUGCAGAGGACAGCAGGACACCACAAGAGCAAAUGGACGCAUUGUUUAAUCAAUGCUUUCUUCAUGCUUUAAAAUGCAAAGUGAAGAAGUCAGACCUUCCUCUGCUCACCAGCACGUUUCUACGCAGCCAUAUGUUCUCAUGCUGCCCUGCUGGACAGCAACUGGAUAUAAAGAAGUCAAGCUAUAAGAAGUUUUCUAAAUUCCUGCAAGGUAUGCAGCACCAGAAGAUCUUACAAGUGAAGGAGCUGGCCAAAGGUGUGGAAAGCAUCGUGGAGGUGGACUGGAAACAUCCAGACAUUAAAGCAUUUGCAGUACCUGAAGGAUUUUCUUCAGCUUCUGCUGCCCAAGAUAACAAGAGUGAAGACAGGGAACAAGUAUAUCAUGCUCCUGAAAUCAUACCACUGUAUGGGGUCUCAGCAAAGAUGAUGCCGCUCUUUCAGGACUCUGGACACAAAAAAGGAAGCAUCCUCUCAAGCAGUGAGGUGAGAAAUAUCAUCAUUAACUAUGUGAAGGCUAACGAGUUGGUUGAUGAAACAAACAAGAACUUUGUAAAAGUAAAUGCCGUUCUGUGCGACUGCCUGCUGGAUAAAUCAGAGCAAGAUGAAAUCUCACACCUGAAGUGGGAUGACCUCCUGAGCAGGUGCCUCGAGCGUCUGCAGCCCUUACACCAGGUGACGUUUUUUGGACAAGAACCUAUUGUGAGGAAAGGAAACAUUGAGCCCAUUGACAUAACCACUGCACAGAGAUCAUCAAAUAAGAAGGUGACAAUUAUCAAGAACCUGGAGCUGUACGGUUUAGACCCACAGUGUGUGGCCAGUAUUCUACAACAGAAAGUGCAGGCCAGCACCACCAUCACCCCAGUGCCUGGAGCCAAAGACAGAGUUCAGGUCCAGAUCCAAGGCAACCAAGUCCAUCAUUUGGCCAAGAUGCUGCUAGAAGAAUACCAGCUACCUCGGAAAUAUAUCCAAGGCCUUGAGAAGGCUCCAAAGCUCGGCCGGAAAAAGUAGGAGAAAAAUCUAUUGUAAGGAUUAAUCAGCUCUUGUUAUUUAUAGAGACAUCCUGCCAACAGAUCAAGGUUAUGUACAGGCCUUAUUCAUUCAAAGUCCUGCAUUUCUACAUGAUGUAGGAUUAUCCCAAAUAAGAAUAAUAUUGCUCUAAGUGAUCAUUUUUUCAUAAAAAUAAAAAGCUGAAAAAAAAAAUACUAGCUUUAUCCUUUUCCAUAUAUUUUCUAAUAUAUGGGCAUCCCAUUUUUGGGGGGAUGGGGGAGGGCUAUAGAGCCUCACAGACAGCCUGACAUUCUUACUUCCUAUCUUUUAAACCAAAGGACCCCAUCCAGAACAUGGCAGAGCACAUUUGAACACAGCACACCAGAAUGAUCCAGGCCAAUGUGCCAUAGAGCACUUUAUGUCACAUAAAUAAAAGCAUUUAGUUUUAGGUGUCAUCCUUUUAAACGCUUCCAGGUAUUAAUAUUAAGGCAUUUCAGUGUGGAGAAUGAGCUCUUAUUUACAUGUAUAAGAUUAACUGCAGCUUAUGAGAGGUAGCAGUUCUAUCAAAGCCAUCUUAAUGCAAAAGACAAAUUAAUACUAAUAAAUACUAAAGGCAAUUAAUGGAGCACUCGAGUUUCUCCAACAUUCUGUGCUGGUUUAGCUGAAGUUUAUCUCUUUAAGUCACUUAUGGAAGGACUCCCAUUGCUUUCCUUUAGACUCAAUACAAGGAAAUACCAUAAGAGGGCGCCAGAAAAAUAAAUCAGAGAUAUCCUUAGUUAUUUUAA